AUGGGAAUAAUUGAAAUUGUACUGGAAACAAAUGCAAAUGAAAGGACCCAUUAUUUACCACACAGAGCUGUUUUUAAAGAAUGUAGUACUACGAAAAUUAGGCCAGUAUUUGAUGCAUCAAACAAAGAUGAAAAUGGAUCUUCUCUGAACGACUGUCUUGAAGUUGGACCAAAUGUAGUAGAUUUAAUUCCGAUAGUAUUAAUUAUUUUUAGAAUUUAUGCAAUCGCUUUAUCUUCUGAUAUAGAAAAGGCAUUUCUACAAAUUGAAAUUAAUCCAGAAGAUAGAGAUUUCCUACGCUUCUUGUGGUGGGAAAAAGGAAAUAUUGUGGAAUUUAGGUACUGCAGAGUAGUUUUUGGUGUUUACUGUUCUCCAUUUCUUCUUUCAGCAUGUCUAAAUAAUUUGUUAGAAAACCCACCUGAACAUUUAAGCAAGAUCGCAAAAAAGUUAAAAGGCACAUUCUAUAUGGAUAAUUCUCUUACUGGUGUCUCUAAAGAAGAAGAAAUCGAAUCACACAUUAAUAAAGCCACACUACUGAUGUCUACAGCUGGGUUCAACCUUAGAGGUUGGAAAAGUAGUAGAUUUGAAUGA